UCUCUUAAAUCUUCAAUAAUCUUUUGUAAUAUAUAUAUUUUUUCUUCUUUCACCUUCAUGGCCACUAAUCAAUAUGAUGUCAGUGUUCAAAAACCUAAAGACAAAUCUGAUCCUAAACAAUGCCAAAUGUCUACCGAGGAAGAAACCGAUUACUCACAAAGGGGACAGUGGCUUCGUGCAGCUGUCUUGGGAGCCAAUGAUGGUUUGGUUUCUGUUGCAUCUCUAAUGAUAGGUGUCGGAGCUGUGAAAAAAGACGUCAAAGCCAUGAUUCUUUCUGGCUUUGCCGGGCUAGUUGCAGGUGCAUGCAGUAUGGCAAUAGGGGAAUUUGUUUCAGUAUACUCUCAGCUAGAUGUAGAAGUGGCUCAAAUUAAGAGAAAUCAACAAGAAAAAGAAAAAGAACAGCUGCCGAAUCCUAUCCAGGCAGCUGUAGCAUCAGCUCUUGCAUUUUCUUUAGGAGCGAUUAUUCCUUUGCUGGCUGCAUCUUUCAUAGUGGACCAUAAGGUGAGGCUGGGGGUGGUGGUAGCCGCAGUGAGCAUGGCACUGGUGGUCUUCGGAUGGGCUGGUUCUAUACUUGGAGGCACUCCUGUGGUGAAGUCUUGUUUUAGGGUUUUGAUUGGAGGGUUGAUGGCUAUGGCCAUCACUUUUGGACUAACCAAGCUGAUUGGAUCUACUGCCAUAUAACUUUGAAGGGAAUAAUUAAUGCAUGGCCCUUUUAUUUUUACUGGUUACGUAGUAAGAUAUAGGCCUUUUUAUGUCAAAAGUACUAUACCAUGCACAAAGUAAGGAUUGGGAUCUGAAUUUAUGUCAUAAAACGCGUUGUUGUUUUGCUUCUAAAGAUCAUUGUUCUUUAGGUGUGUGCAAACAUUGAAUCGAAAGUUGUGCACACUAUGUUAAUUUGUUACACUCAUUAAUCACUACUAUACUACACAA